AUGCAAGCAACGGCAGAGUCAGCAACAGCAGCACGAUCAAGGCGUAAAGAAACGGGUGGUAGCACAAGAACAACUACGACGACGACACCCAGCAAACCACGGUUCUCGCUCUCGACGGUCGUCAACCCACGCGCUCAAGUGCACUCUGCUGGAACAGCGACUCGCGAGGCGGCGGUCGCCGUUCCUAAGGAUGUUUCGACAAAGACAACAACUGCACGGUCGUCUAGGACGGCCAAGGAAAGUGUCGCUACUCCACGAGCGACAAAGUCAACCACAUCGAGCCUAGGAGGACAUGUACAGCCAACUACCAAAUCGGUCUCAACUACACGGAUAUCGAAAUCGAGGUCACCUACAACUAUUACCACAACCACCACCACGACUACUCGCAGGGUCGCAUUGACCACCAUCACUAUGGGACCACACCAUGAUCGAGAACAUCGCAAAUUGGCAACUGCUAAUGCCUCUGCUGCUGCUGCCAGUGCUCUCUCAGCAAAGACGUCAAGCAGCAGCAGGAAGGAGCGGACUACAAGAGCCAGCAAUUUGGCGCCGGGAACAGCAGGAGUAGGAAGAGCCACAAUGAGUCGGGGGGGAGGACGUCAGACUGGAGUGGAACCAACUGUUGAGCACACCAAUGCCAUUACCAUUCCUACGACUGCUGGACAUAACGACGACAAGAAUGCGACGACGCAGCAACCAACAACGACCACCACCACCACCCUUCUCCCUGCGCUGCAAAUGAAAGGAGAGGAGGAGUCUGUCCAGGACAUAACCUCCACACCUAUAAGAGUCGCAAUCAACAGCCUAUCCGCAAAACCAUCGUCUCCCUCUUCACCCCCGCAAGCAGCGUCAACGGAGAUCCCGCAUACUCUCAGCUCACCCAUCAGCUCACCCAUCAGCUCACCCACUAUCGCCGCAUCACGCCCAAAAACCCCACCACCGCCAUAUCAGGCCGCCAUCCUCCACAACACGCCAUCUUCAGACAUUGUUUGCCAGACCCCGGACAUGCCCUCCAUCACCGCUUGCAGUCCUACUAAGGAAUCGGCACCCAUUAUUCAGGAACGGGACGAGCACACGGAGGUAUAUCUUGCAAUGCCUCCAGCUGUCAUGGCGACUCCUUUGUCUAAGACUGAGGCGUGUCCCGUUGCCGGCAGCGCGCAGAGUCCAAGGAUCGCGAAAUCUAUGACUGCGACUACAGUCGUCUCUGCGCCCCCGACUUUUCUGUCAGGGACCCCAAGGAUCUUCAGAGUCAUGCGUGAGACGAGUAGUCCACGAGUGUUGGGCGUCCAGCAGCAGCAGCCAAGAUUGACUUCUCAGAGCGAGAUCAAAGCAGGACGAGACCAGGAGCGACCAGCCGAAGUUCCAACAACACCUGUUCCUACAACCAUGGACAGAACCAAGUCCGAAGACCUCGCCGCUGAGGAACCAACGGAGAUAUGUUCCACUCUGCUCACCACCUUAACUCCUACCACUAUUUCCGACCUUGUGGGCGUCGGGGAGGCCCCAAAACCGCAACCUCAACCGUUCAGGAAGAACAUCUGGAAUGGCCGGAUGGACAAGUUCACCAAAACGUGGAGCAUACCACUCUCCCACGAGGAAUCCAUUCCAACAGCACAGGGGAACGCACCAGCCAGGACCGGGAUUUUGGCCGCCAUGGGGGCCAGCGUCUCGAGGGCAUCCCUGACGAAGGUCAAGGACCCUGCGGUCAUGCGCGACUUGAUGGUGCUUGCCAAGGAGCGGAGAGCUUCGCGGACUCUUUGUGAUGGUGUGGCAGAGGAUGGAGCGUCUGGAUUUCGAUCUGCUAAUAGUGAUGGGAACCAGUUCCGGGAUAGGAGUAGGAUGCAGUUUGAGCAUGGGAACGAUAAUGAUAAUGACACACCUACCACCACCACCAACUUUACGACCAACCACAACAACACCUGCAACUCACUCUCCACCUCAGCGCCCUCGGGAAAGAUCACAUUCGAGGACAAGAAGGCGUUCCUCAAGACCCAAGAGAUGCGCAGGCGAAGCAACCUGCACAGAAGCCGUUCCUUCAACACCGUCGAUCUACCCUAUUGCCCUUUUCCUUCUUCACCAUCCCCAGCACCAGCGCAGGAUUCACUCUCGAUCGACACACGCCCAGGAUUCCCUUGGAAGGGUCGUGCAGCCACAGCCACCCCACCCAUCCCGGCAAUGUCAGUCACCAUCCCCCUCAAAGUCGCGACAGUCCUCCAGGGGAUGGGGUACCCCAUCAACAACACCAAAAAUACAUCGGCAUUAUCGCCACUCUGCUCCUCCCCCUCCCCAUCGCCAUCUCCUACAUGGUCCACACCCUCGACUCCACGCAUCAUCCCUUCCUCUCACUCCCUUUCUUCCAUCUCUUCAUUCUCGUCCGCUUCCACUGCCUCUUCUUCGGUGUCUUCGAUGUCUUCAGCGAGCUCGGCGAGUUCAAAGACGUUACCGUUAUCGUUCCCAGAUCGGUUGUUCCAAGCUCGGUCUCCUUCUUCUUCUGCAGGUGGAGCCCCUGUAGCGACGAUGCCGCGGUCGUUCUCGCCGCGCCCUGUCAGAGCGACUUCUAUCACUGGAGCAUCAGGACCUUCUUCUUACUACUCCACUCAGACCUACAACAAUCACCAAACACCACCACAAUCGUCGACAAUGUUACCUUCCCUCCCCUCGCCUGCAUUGUCACUCGCAGUUCAAGAACGACAGCAUGUCUCGAACCGAUCUGUGGAGGGGUACUUCAAACCACGCCUAUUCUCGGGAAGUCGAUCUGAAGAUGAGCAGCAGGUGCGGCAGCAUGCCCUACGACCUUUCGAAAGGGCACUCGUUCAACAACAACAACAACAACAACAAAACAAACUGACCCCACCCCAACGCGCGGCGGCAGCAGGAGUGCAUGCACUAUGGUCAAGCUCAGCCAUCAAAUCCAACAGCAUGCCACAACUCCUCCCUCCACCACUAUCCCCUUCACUUUCCUCCCCAUCAUCUCUCUCGAUCACAGACCAGGAAGACAACACCACCGACUCGGACCGCGAAAGAAGAGUUCGCGAACGAAGUGCCUCCACAACUUCAAUCGACCGACCGUUUUUCACAGAACAAGUCUACAGCAGCCAAUACUCUCAGGAAGACCAACAUUCUUGUUUGACGACGACUCUGCCAGUGACACAAGAUAUCUCCUUCUUGACAAAACGACUCGCGAACCUCCAGCUCAUGGACUCCCUCUGUCCUGUCUCCACUCCAACCCCCACACAGCACCUCCUACCCCAGCAGCAGCAGCAACAGCAACAGCAGCAGCGGCAAGGAGGCAUGGAUGCGACAUGGGCAAUGCAGAUCCAACUAUUGCUCACCCAUCUCGCAGAACAAACUGACCUUGAACAAGAAUCCAGACUGCGCCCACUCCCACCACCACCACGCCCCCACUCUCUCCUCCUUCCCGAAGAAGAACCCGAAGCUGGCCAAAAGAAGAAGGUUAACAGUGUGGGCGUGUACAAGCAAGUGUUGACAGACUGGCUCCUCCGCCUGGACCAACUCUCUACGAUCACAUCUCCAUCCACGGGGAGUUCGUUGUACAAUGACCAUCUAGGACUGAAGCGCGAGGUCGAAAAGAUCCGUUGGCAGCAUAACGUCCCCUCAAAGCCCAACAACAGAUCAAAAUAA